AUGUUUGGGAAGAAGAAGAAGCGGGUCGAGAUCUCCGCGCCCUCUAACUUCGAGCACCGCGUGCACACGGGCUUCGACCAGCACGAACAGAAGUUCACGGGGCUGCCCCGCCAGUGGCAGAGCCUGAUCGAGGAGUCGGCUCGCCGGCCCAAGCCCCUCGUGGACCCCGCCUGCAUCACCUCCAUCCAGCCCGGGGCCCACAAGACCAUCGUGCGGGGCAGCAAAGGUGCCAAGGAUGGGGCCCUCACGCUGCUGCUCGACGAGUUUGAGAACAUGUCGGUGACACGCUCCAACUCCCUGCGGAGAGACAGCCCACCGCCACCGGCCCGUGCCCGCCAGGAAAACGGGAUGCCCGCAGAGCCGGCCAGCUCGGCCAGAGGGGCCCCGGAGAAGGCGGGCAGCCAAGGCCGGGGCGCCGGUCACAGCGAGGCGGGUGGCAGAAGUGGUGACAGGCGGCGGGUGGGGCCAGAGAAGAGGCCCAAGUCUUCCAGGGAGGGCUCAGGGGGGCCCCAGGAGUCCUCCCGGGACAAACGCCCCCUCUCUGGGCCUGACGUCGGCACCCCCCAACCCGCCGGUCUGGCCGGUGGGGCCAAAGCGGCAGCUGGUCGGCCCUUUAACACGUACCCGAGGGCCGAUACGGACCACCCGGCCCGGGGUGCCCAGGGGGAGUCUCACAGCGUGGCCCCCAACGGGCCAUCGGCAGGGGGCCUGGCGGUCCCCCAGUCCUCCUCCCGGCCUCCCGCCCGAGCCCGUGGACCCCCCAGCCCAGGAGUGCUGGGCCCCCAUGCCUCUGAGCCCCAGCUGGCUCCUCCGGCCCGCCCCGUCACUGCCCCCGCCCCCGCCCCCGCUGGGCCCCCGGCCCCCGGGCCCCCUGGGCCCCGCUCGCCACAGCGGGAGCCGCAGCGAGUGUCACACGAGCAGUUCCGGGCUGCCUUGCAGCUGGUGGUGGACCCCGGCGACCCUCGUUCCUACCUGGACAACUUCAUCAAGAUCGGCGAGGGCUCCACGGGCAUCGUGUGCAUCGCCACAGUGCGCAGCUCAGGCAGGCUGGUGGCCGUCAAGAAGAUGGACCUGCGCAAGCAGCAGAGGCGCGAACUGCUCUUCAACGAGGUGGUGAUCAUGCGGGACUACCAGCACGAGAACGUGGUGGAGAUGUACAACAGCUACCUGGUCGGGGAUGAGCUCUGGGUGGUCAUGGAGUUCUUGGAGGGCGGCGCCCUCACUGACAUCGUCACUCACACCAGGAUGAACGAGGAGCAGAUUGCUGCCGUGUGCCUGGCCGUGCUGCAGGCCCUGUCUGUGCUCCACGCGCAGGGGGUCAUCCACCGCGACAUCAAGAGCGACUCCAUCCUGCUGACCCACGAUGGCAGGGUGAAGCUGUCGGACUUCGGGUUCUGCGCCCAGGUGAGCAAGGAGGUACCACGGAGGAAGUCACUGGUUGGCACGCCCUACUGGAUGGCCCCCGAGCUCAUCUCUCGCCUCCCCUAUGGGCCAGAGGUGGACAUCUGGUCUCUGGGGGUGAUGGUGAUUGAGAUGGUGGACGGGGAGCCCCCCUACUUCAACGAGCCACCCCUCAAAGCCAUGAAGAUGAUUCGGGACAACCUGCCACCCCGACUGAAAAACCUGCAUAAGGUGUCACCCUCCCUGAAGGGCUUCCUGGACCGCCUGCUGGUGCGUGACCCGGCCCAGCGGGCCACGGCGGCUGAGCUGCUGAAGCACCCGUUCCUGGCCAAAGCGGGCCCGCCCGCCAGCAUCGUGCCCCUCAUGCGCCAGAAUCGCACCAGAUGAGGCCCAGUGCCCUGUCCCUGAACCAAAGAGCCCCUUGGGUCACCCCUGCGCGCCACAGGCCAGUCGGGGGCCGGCCCCCACUCCUCCCUGCCUGGGAGACACUCCCUGUGGCACCACCCUCCUUGCGGGGGGUUGGGGAGCGUGCAGGACCC